AUACCGGUACAUUACAGAAACAGAGGCCAUGGAAUACUUGCAGUCCGUCAGAACUCUUAAUCAACGAAAAAUUCGGCGGGACUUCAUAUUGAAGAACUUGGAGGAAGUGAAAGUCUAUCCGUCGCUGUGCUACCUGCGGCAGUUGAUAUGGCACGAAGAGGAGAAGGAGGGACUCACGGGCAAAAUGGACAGGAAAUCGCUUCAGCGGAUCAUUGAGGGGCUGCUGAAGGAGAAACUAGUCAAGUUCAUAACGAUGAAGAUCACGGACAAAGACGAGGUAAUCAUCCCAUCCUCCCCCCCCGAUGCAUUUUCUUUUUGCACUUAA